CUUUCUUUCUUCUGCGUUUGGCAUUCAGUGUUGAAGGUCGCGUCUGGACCUUAGAUUAUAGUUUUAAUUAUUUUAGCUGUAAAACAAAGUCAUGGCAAAUAACGACAAUUUUGCCCAAGAUGUUACCGAUAAUCAACUAAAUGGAAAUGCGGAAAACGGUGGAGGAGACGGUCAGGAACAUAACAGUGCCGAAGCUCCGGGACGCGAUGACGACAGAAAACUGUUUGUUGGAGGCCUCAGCUGGGAGACUACAGAUAAGGAGCUGCGCGAUCAUUUCAGCGCAUAUGGCGAGAUCGAGAGCAUCAACGUGAAGACUGACCCCAAUACAGGGCGAUCGCGUGGCUUCGCUUUCAUCGUCUUCAAGUGCCCAGAAUCCAUCGACAAGGUGAUGGCGGCUGGCGAGCACACCAUAAACAACAAAAAGGUCGAUCCCAAGAAGGCGAAGGCGCGCCACGGCAAGAUCUUCGUUGGCGGCCUCAGUAGCGAAAUCUCAGACGAUGAAAUUAAGAACUUCUUCAGCAACUUUGGCACUAUCAUUGAGGUAGAGAUGCCGUUCGACAAAACAAAGAACCAAAGAAAAGGCUUUUGUUUCAUCACAUUUGAGUCUGAGCAAGUGGUUAAUGAACUUCUCAAGACGCCCAAACAGACCAUCGGUGGUAAAGAGGUGGACGUGAAGAGGGCAACACCGAAGCCUGACGGGCCCGGGGGCAUGGGCGGUCGCGGGGGCCGUGGAGGUCGUGGCAUGCGCGGUGGCCGUGGCGGACGCGGUGGCUACGGCGGACAACCCUGGAGCAAUCAAGGUUACGGCGGCUACGGCUACGGCCAGGGCGGCUACGGCAGCGGGUACGACGGCUACGGAUACGGCGGCUACGGAUACGAUGGAUACGGCGGUUACGGCGGAUACGAUUACUCUGGAUAUCCCAAUUACGAGUCCGCCCCGGCAGAAGCGGCGCGGCCGACGAGCCCGCGGCGACGGGCAAGGGCCUCGGCGUCGCCGCACGCGCACCACCUCGCCGGCUAGAGCCGAGGCAGGGCGGUGGCUAGGCCGAGGGCGCUGCAGCGGGCUACCAAGGUGGCAAGCAGCGUGGCGGCGGCGGCGGCGGCGGCGGCCGCGCCAACCAGAGGCACCAGCCCUACUGAACGUACCUGCCCACACAUCUCAGUCCAAUAGUAAGGUUAAGUCAUCGGUCAUGAGUGUCCCCCGCGCUGCCCCUCGCCGUUCGCCUGAGCCGCCACGCCGCGCAGGGGGCACGUCAUUCCAUUCCACAUUAUUAAUUUAAGAAGUAAUCUUUUUAAGAAGAUUUUUAAGGAUACUGUUUAUGUGGCAUGGCCGCGUCCGAGCGGUCGAUGCAUAAAAUUUAUUAUAAUAUAGUAUGAAUAAUAGAUUCACUGAGUAUUAUUGCUGAUUAGAUUCAAUUUUGACAUUGUCUUACCUUUCGAACUGAAGUAGAGUAUAGUAAAACAGAGCUUAGCGCCGAGCCCGCCCUCGGGCCGAGCAGGCCCGAGAUCCUUAGCACCGGCGAGAGCGAGCGAGAGUGCCAGGCGACGCGUGACUGAGUGCGUGACUGAGGCGCCGACCUCCACUGUCAGUUGAUGUUCGGAUCUCAUACUGAAAUGUUGUAGUUUUGUAUUUUUACUGAUUAAUGAACAAGGAAUCAGAAUCAUGUAUUUUAUACAAACAAUAGUUGUUUCUUCCAUUGAGUAGGAAUGAAAUUAAAUUUUUAGAUGUUAAGUUAUCAGACAUGAACAAAUUCUGCAGAUAUACAAGUUGUAUGUCAAAUAAAGUAAUGUGUAAAUAAAUAUUGAGUUUUUGUCGGUUUGUGCCAGGCCCUGGUCGUUUUUAUAUUUUCAUCUACUCUUAAUGAUAGGUCCACAACUCUUGUGAACAUGAUGGUUUUUAUUGAAGUGUUUUGCCCGUUUCGAGUUCGUUUCCUGUUAUUGUUGCAAUGAUUAGAAUUUAAAGUGCAGACUCGUAAGUGGAGUACAGCACAUGAGUAUUUUAUCGCAACAUCACUUGUUAACGAUGUAUAUAAACUAAACUUAAUGUUAAUGAGCUUGUAUUAACCGACAAGUUUAUCAGACUGCAGCAUCAUGAAACCUCAUAGCCAACCGGCUAUCGUACUUGCGUUUGUAAUAGUGAUAGCUGCAACCGGUGGUGGCACCUGGCGCGCCUUUCGCUUCGGUGGUGAUGAUUUGAAGUUCAAGGGAUCGAAAGGAGAGCAGCGCUCGGACGAUAUUCCACAGCGUUGCAUCGAUCACAACGUGACAGAGGUGACGUGCGGGAACAUCGUGGAGGACGACGCUCUGCUGCCGCACCCUGACGACUGCCAAUUGUUUUAUUACUGCGUAUCGCCGGGGCAUGCGCCGGUGUGUCGCCAGUGCCCCGCCGGCCUGCACUUCAGCCCCACCACACACGUUUGCGAUGAGCCUGAGCAUGCUGGCUGCACCAGCGAAUCUAACAGAAUUUCUACCUAAACAUUUGCUGUUGAUUAAAUAAAAGUUGAC